GCGACGUAGCUUAGUAACAGCAGCAGCAACGUCCGAUACCAAGACACGUUUAGUAGGCACACUCCCAGAGGCUCAUAACUGGGUAACAGAAGCUCAUAACUGGGUUACAGAGGCUCAUCGUCACUGGGUCACCGGCUGACCGGUGCAGCAAAGGUCGCCGGUUUGAUUCCCUCCCUGUGGUCGAGCUGUGACGCAGCAGCAGGAUGGCCGACUUCAAAGCAGGAGAUCUGGUGUUCGCCAAGAUGAAGGGCUUCCCCCACUGGCCUGCUAGGGUCUGUGAUUCCUCUAAAGGCUACAAGAGGCGAAUUCCCGUCUACUUUUUUGGGACGCACCAGAUAGGAACCCUCCCGCCGGAGAACGUCGUUCCCUUCGCCGGGAACAAGAAGAAGUACGGCAGCGGCGUUCGUAUCCGAGGCUUCGAUGAGGGAAUGUGGGAGAUCCAGAACACGCCUCGGAUCGGCGUGUCGAUCAAAUUUCCAAACAGGACUGGCAUGCAGAGUCCUUCUAAAGCUUCACCAGCGAGGCCGACUUCUCCCACUAAAGCUACACCCACUAGACCGACUUCGACUCCCAGUAAAACCAUCGCUGCGAAGCCCGACAGCAAACCGGCUGCUGGCAGAAACACUCCGAGCAGAGUCACAAGUAAUAAACAGGAAGCUGCUUCUGCUUCUGCUUCUGUUUCUGCUUCUAAAACUCCGACGAGAUCUUCAUCGAGGAUCACCGCGGAGAAACCGACAGAUAGCAAACAGACGCCUGAAAAGGUUUCUAAAGACGUUUCUGCUGCAGAGAGCGCCGUCGCUACGACAACCAGGAGCAGAGCAGCUCGAGAUCCUGAAACAUCUGCAGCGAGCACGUCUGCAGAGAGUAAAAACAAGUCAUCAUCAGACACGACGGAAACAAGAACUCGCUCCAGAUCUGACAGACAGAAACCUGCGGACGUUAAACCCGUUUCCACGGUGACUCGUGACAUUACGUCCGAGAGGAGAACACGAAGCAGCGGCGAGGCUCCGGAGAUUAAAACUGAAGAUACGACGCCCAGCAGGACCAGGAGGAGCAGAGCAGCCGAGUCCCAGGUUGAUGUAGAACAGCAGAAGAAGAAAACAGCUGUUAGUCCUCCCGUCUCUCCUUCAGCCAAGAACGACAGAAGUAGAAGAGGGAAGAAGACGGAAGAAAAAGAGGAAGAAGAAGAAGAGGAGGAGGAGGAGGAGGAAGAAGAAGAAGAAGAGGAGGAAGAAGAAGAAGAUUCUAUGGAGACCCAAGGAGUGAAAAGAAAGAGAGAAGAUAAGGAAGAGGAGAAAGUAGAGAGGAAGAAAACGAAGCAGGAUGACGGAAAGAAAGAAGAAGCGACAGAAGAGAACCAAAGGAUGAGGACGAGAGGAUCUGAGAAGGAGGACCGGAAAGAGGAGGAGGAGCUGGAGAGAAAACAACAAGUCAUCAACGACAGGACAAUGAGGAGAGAGAUGAGGGCGAGAGAAAGGGAGAAAGAGGAAGAAGAGGAGGAGGACAGAGGAGCGAAGAGGAAGAGGAAAGAAGAGAAGGAGGACGACUCCGCGGGAAAGAGAGAGGAGACAAAGAAGAAGUCGUCGUCAGAGAGCGAAGGGAUGAAGACGAGGAGAGCAAAGGAAUCAUCUGAGGAGGACGAAGAUGAUGAUGAAGAAGAAGAAGAAGAAGAAAGGAUGAAAGAGAAGAACACGGAGGAGAAAGAGGGAGGAAGUGAUGUGGACAAGGAGCGACGCCUGGCUGCCAAGAGGGAGAAUUUGUUAAAAUCUCUGAGAGGUUUGCUGAAGGCCAAGAGAGGAGUGAGGAGGAGGGAGGUGACGAAGAGCGCUCAGAACGCCGCAGACGGAGCGAAGAUGGAGACGAGAAAGACGGGAAUUCAGAGGACGACGGUGAAAGAUUUAAAGAUGAUGGGCAUGAAAACAGACGUGAAGGUGAUGAUCGGAAAGAGAGCGACGUUGGAGAGAAGAGAGGAGAAGAAAGAGGAGAAGAAAGACAGAGGUGAACCAGUCGACAAAAUGAGGAGCGGAACAGCAGAGGAAGAAGAGAAGAAGACGAAAGAAAAAGAGAGCGAAGUGAAGAAAGACGAGAGGAAAAUAAUCGGGAAGAUCGUGAAAGUGACGGCCGGACAAGGAGCGAAGGUUCAGGUGAAGACGAUGAUGGGAGGAACGAUGGUGACGACGACGGCGGCAGCAGCAGAGGAGGAGAAGAAGAAGAGGAGAGAAGAAGAGAAGGCGGAUAAAAAGACGAUAGACGAAAAGAAAAACGAGAAGGAGGCGGACAGAGAGAAGAGAGGGAGCGCCGAAGAAGAGAAGGAGGCGGAGAGGAGACCUGAAAGAACUAGAGCAGCGAUGGAGAGAAAGAGCAAUGAGGAAGACACGAAGAAAGCGACAGAAAGAGAGAGGAAGAACGAAAAAGGAGAGGAGGAACGAAGGACGACGAGAGAACAGAGGAAGAGCUCGGUGGAGAGAGAGAAGAGAGGGAACGGCGAAGAGGAGAAGGAGGCGGACAAGAGACCUGAAAGAACUAGAGCAGCGACCGAGAAAAAGAACAACGAGGAAGAGACGAAGAAAGCGACAGAAAGAAAUAAGGAAGAGGAGGUAAAGAUGGCGACGAGAGAACAGAGGAAGAGUUUGGUGAAGGAGGCGGAGAGAGAGAAGAGAGGGAGCGCCGAAGAGAAGAAACAACCAGAUGAGGUGAAGAGGAGGUCUGAAAGAACGAGAGCAGCGACGGAGGACAAGAAGGAGGAGAGGGAGACUGAAACGGGUGAAGUGGAAAGAAUGACAACUAGAGAACAGAGGAAGAGCUCGGUGAAGGAGGUAGAGAGAGAGAAGAGAGGGAGCGCCGAAGAGAAGGAGGUGGAGAGGAGGUCUGAAAGAACGAAAGCAGCGACUGAGAAAAAGAGCAGCGAAGAAGAGAUGAAGAAAGAGACUGAAAGCGAGAAGAGCGUGAAAGGAGAGGAAGAAAAAAUUAUGACGAGAGAACAGAGGACAAGUUCGGCAAAGGAGACAGAGAGAGAGAAGAGAGGGAACGCCGAAGAGAAGAAACAACCCGAUGAUGUGAAGAGGAGGUCUGAAAGAACGAGAGCAGCGACGGAGGACAAGAAGGACGGAGAGAAAGACGAGAAGAAAGCGAAAGAGAGGAAGAACGAAAAAGGAGAGGAGGAAAGAAUGACGACGAGAGAACAGAGGAAGAGUUUGGUGAAGGAGACUGAAAGAGAGAAGAGAGGGAGCGCCGAAGAGAAGGAGACGGAAAGAAAGAACACUGAAGAGGUGGAGGGAGAGAAGAGAGGGAACGCCGAAGAGAAGGUGGAGAGGAGGUCUGAAAGAACGAGAGCAGCGAUGGAGAGAAAGAACAGCGAGGAAGAAAUGAAGAAAGCGACUGAAAGAGAGAAGAACGGAAAAGGAGAUGAAGAAAGAAUGAUGACAAGAGAACAGAGGAAGAGUUUGGCAGAAAGAGAGAAGAGAGGGAGCGCCGAAGAGAAGGAGGCGGAGAGAGGGAGUGCCGAAGAGAAGGAGACGGAGAGAGAGAAGAGAGGGAGCGCUGAAGAGGAGGAGGCGGAGAGAGGGAGCGCUGAAGAGGAGGAGGCGGAGAGAGGGAGCGCCGAAGAGAAGGAGGCGGAGAAAGAGAAGAGAGGGAGCGCCGAAGAGAAGGAGGCGGAGAGAGGGAGCGCUGAAGAGGAGGAGGCGGAGAAAGAGAAGAGAGGGGGCGCUGUAGAGAAGGAGGCGGAGAAAGAGAAGAGAGGGAGCGCCGUAGAGAAGGAGGCGGAGAAAGAGAAGAGAGGGAGCGCCGAAGAGAAGGAGGCAGAGAGAGAGAAAAGAGGGUGCGCCGAAGAGAAGAAACAGCCCGAUGAGGUGAAGAGGAGGUCUGAAAGAACGAGAGCAGCGACGGAGGACAAGAAGGAGGGAGAGAAAGAGAAGACAGGGAGCGCCGAAGAGAAGGAGAGAGAGAAGAGAGGGAACGCCGAAGAGGAAGUGGAGGUGGAGAGGAGGUCUGAAAGAACGAGAGUAGCGAUGGAGAGAAAGAACAGCGAGGAAGAAAUGAAGAAAGUGACCGAAAGAGAGAAAAGUGAAAAGGGAGAGGAAGAAAGAAUGAUGACAAGAGAACAGAGGAAGAGUUCGGCGGAAAGAGAGAAAAGAGGGAGCGCCGAACAGAAGGAGGCGGAGAGCGAGAAGAGAGGGAGCGCCGAAGAGGUGGAGAGGAAGUCUGAACGAGUAGAGAAGAAGAGCGAUGAAGACGGUACAAAGAAAGCGAGUGAAGGAGAGAGGAAGAACGAAAAAGUAGAGGAGGAAAAGAUGAUGACAAGAGAACAGAGGAAGAGUUUGGUGAAUGAGGCGGAGAGAGAGAAUAGAGGGAGCGCCGAAGAGAAGGAGGCGGAGAAAGAGAAUAGAGGGAGCGCCGAAGAGAAGGAGGCGGAGAGAGAGAAUAGAGGGAGCGCCGAAGAGAAGGAGAGUAAAUCUGAAAGAACGAGAGCAGAGACAGAGAGAAAGAGCAGCGAAGAAGAGAUGAAGAAAGCGACUGAAAAAGAGAAGAACGAAAAAGGAGAGGAGGAAAAGAUGACGACUAGAGAACAGAGGAAGAGUUCGACGAUGGAGAUAGAGAAGAGAGGGAGCACCGAAGAUAAGGAGGCGGAGAGGAAGAGUGACGACAAACAGAAGAAGAGCGAUGAAGACGAGACGAAGAAAACAACUGAAAGAGAGAAGAACGAAAAAGAAGAGGAAGAAAGAAUGAUGACGAGAGAACAGAGGAAGACUUCGGAGGAGAGGGAGAAGAGAGGGAGCGCCGAAGAGAUGGAGGUGGAGAGAAAAUCUGAAAGAACGAGAGCAGAGACAGAAGAGAUGAAGAAAGCGACUGAAAAAGAGACGAACGAAAAAGGAGAGGAGGAAAGAAUGAUGACGAGAGAACAGAGAAAGACUUCGGAGGAAAGAGGGAAGAGAGGGAGCGCCGAAGAGAUGGAGGCGGAGAGGAAGAGUGACGACAAACAGAAGAAGAGCGAUGAAGACGAGACGAAGAAAGCGACUGAAAAAGAGAGGAAGAACGAAAAAGGAGAGGAAGAAAGAAUGAUGACGAGAGAACAGAGGAAGAGUUCGGCGGAGAGAGAGAAAGUGGCGGAGAAGAAGAGUGACGACAAAGACGAGAAACAGAAGAAGAGCGAUGAAGACGGGACGAAGAAAGCGAAUGAAAAAGAGAGGAAGAACGAAAAAGGAGAGGAAGAAAGAAUGAUAACGAGAGAAAGGAGUAAAAGAGAAGAAAAGAGUGAGAAAGAGAAAGAGAAAGAAAGAGUGAGCGCAGACCAAACGACACAAACAGCCGAUGAAAUGGCAGAAAAGGGACAGACGACACAAAUAAGUGCAGAAGAAGAAGAAGAGAAGAGCGCCGCUUCGGGUGGAGAGAAGGAUGAGCCGACGACGAUGAAGCAGCUGCAGAAGAAGAAUCCGACGCUGACGGACUCGAUGCUCCACAGAAUCCACGGAGACAUUCGGAUCUCACUGAAGACCGACCACCCGGACAUCGGUAAGUGUCUGAAGGCGUUGGAUCAGCUCAGUAUGGUUUAUGUGACGUCGCAACACGUCCAGAGACACAGCGAGCUCGUCGCCACCUUAAGAAAAAUGCGUUCCUACCGGGCGAACCAGGCCAUCAUGGACAAAGCCUCGAUGCUCUACAACCGCUUCAAGAACGCCUUCCUGGUGGGUGAAGGCGAGGAGGUGGUGAGCGCCGCCUUCCUGCGCUCGCUGCUGGUGGAGAAGGAGCAGGAAGAGGCGCAGCGGGCCGAGCGCUUCAGGGAGCGGAUGAAGAGGGAGGAGCUGCUGCAGGAGGUGAAGAGACGCAUGGGACAGGUGAAGGAGAGGAGGAGGACUGAUGGAGGAGGAGGAGAGGGAGAGGAAGAGGAGGAGAAAACAGAAGCUCUUCCGGCUCCAGUGGACUCUUCCUGCCUGGACUGAACCAUCUCUGUGCUGAGAGGGGGGGGGGGGGGGGGGGGGGGGGGGGUGAAGGUGCUCGACCUGAAACACACACUUCUCAACUGUUUACCUCAUCAAACAUAUCACAUGCAUUUCUCUGAUUACUUCCUGUUGUAAAUAAACCAGAGUUACAGAUCCUGACACAUUAACGGUCUGUUAGCAUUAGCAUUAGCACAGGUGCCAUUAUUACACACAGAAUGACUCAUUUCCACCAGAAACAUAUUUAUUUUUACACUUCUUCUUCAUCAAACCCCCAAACAUGAGUAUUACAGACUUUAACCGGAGCAUUAAUCUUCUAAUUUUAAGUUGCACCUUUAUCUCGUCAUCUAUUGGCUCGUGGAUUUCGAUGAUGUCGCAUAAUUACAGCCGAGCCUGAGCCGUACGUUAAACCCUGACAUUAUCUGUUUAACUUAUCUUUAAUCUAACUUAAACACCGUAAUAACUAUUUUUCUCCUGUAAUGCAGGACCGCGAUACUGCACAUCCUGAUCCUUAAACGUCCUCUGAACAUUUUACUCACUCGGCUGCAUCUAAAAUUAGCUGCAGAAAGUCGUAGUGAGUUUUAAAUUACAGUGUGCUUUAAAGCAGCUGUCAGGUGUUUUAAGACACACAUGAAAAACUGUGAACUUGUCCUUUUUAAAACAGAACAUUUAAAAUCAGAAAAGGAGUAAAAAACUAAAAAAUCAACCCUUCAACUUUCAGUUAAAGUUGCGAUUUGAAUGAAAAAAUAUAACUUCUAAAAAAUGUCUUUAAAUCCGAUUUUUUUUAGUCCCUUUUUUUUUCUUUAGUUGCUUUUACUUGUCUUUUAAUUGAGCUACAAUAACGUCAGCUUGUGUUUUUCGGCUCAUAAACAUCGUCUGAAUACUUUACUCAUUCGGCUUCGUUUAAAAUUAGCUACAAAAAGUCGUAGUUA